GCUGUGGCGCUCAUUCAGCAGACGCUUUUUUAACCUACAAAAAAGUGUAUUGUUUUUUCGUGGGAAAUAGUGAAAAAUUGUGAAAUUCUGUGCUAAAAGAGUGAAAAUUCCCCUAGAAAAUAGUCAUGGAUUUCCUGGAGAUGAAUGAUAUUCAGGCGGAAAUCAAAGGAUGCCUGACUCCCGGCCGCUUGAAGAUGACGGAUCAGAAUAUUGUCUUUAAGAAUAGCAAAACUGGAAAAGUUGAGCAGGUGAAUGCGGCUGACAUGGAUUUUGUGAACUUUCAGAGAUUCGUAGGGACGUACGGGAUAAGGAUUUUCAUGAAGAACGGCACCCUCCAUCGAUUCACGGGCUUCAAGGAGAGCGACCAGGAGAAGAUUGCCAAUUUCUUCAAGACAAACUACGGCAAGGACAUGCUGGAGAAGGAGUUGUCGGUUAAGGGAUGGAAUUGGGGGACAGUUCACUUCAAUGGUUCCGUCCUGAGCUUCGAUGUGGAGAGCAAGACGAGCUUUGAGAUCCCACUGAAUCUCGUGUCGCAAUGCAACACAGGGAAGAAUGAGGUGACACUGGAAUUUCAUCAGAAUGACGAUGCUCCAGUGAGUUUGAUGGAGAUGCGCUAUCACAUUCCCACGACGGAAUCCAGUGAAAUAGACCCCGUGGACGCCUUCUACCAGAAUGUCAUCAACAAGGCGUCCGUAAUUUCCGUUUCCGGGGAUGCAAUUGCCAUCUUCCGGGAGAUUCACUGCCUCACACCACGUGGUCGGUACGAUAUAAAGAUCUUCCAGACAUUUUUCCAACUUCACGGAAAGACGUUCGACUACAAAAUUCCCAUGUCCACCGUACUGAGGCUCUUCCUGCUACCGCACAAGGAUAACCGGCAAAUGUUCUUUGUUCUCUCCUUGGAUCCGCCAAUCAAGCAAGGUCAAACAAGAUACCACUACCUUGUGCUUCUCUUCCAAAUGGAGGAAGAAACAAACAUCGAGCUGCCCUUCUCGGAGGAAGACCUCAAAACAAAGUACGAGAAUAAGCUCACAAAGGAUCUAUCAGGGCCUGUGUACGAAGUCAUGGGGAAGAUAAUGAAGGUGCUAAUUAAUCGCAAACUCACCGGUCCCGGAACAUUUGUUGGGCAUUCCGGUACGCCUGCCAUUAGUUGCUCCUUCAAGGCUGCUGCGGGGUACCUCUACCCCCUUGAGCGUGGCUUUAUCUACGUCCACAAGCCCCCAAUUCACAUUCGCUUCGAGGAAAUCUCUUCGGUUAACUUUGCCCGAAGCGGUGGAUCAACGAGAAGCUUUGACUUUGAGAUUGAACUCAAAUCCGGCACUCAGCAUACAUUCAGCAGUAUUGAGAAGGAGGAAUACAACAAACUCUUUGAAUUUAUUGUCGCCAAGAAGAUCCAUGUGAAGAACACCGGGAAGAAUGAUAAGAACACGUACAAGGAUGACUUUAGUGAUUCGGACAAUGAGAAUGAACCCGAUGCCUACUUGGCGCGGGUUAAGGCUGAAGCUCAGGAACGUGAUGAGGGUGAAGAUGAUGAUUUGUCCGAUGAGGAGUCCACGGAUGAGGAUUUCAAUCCCGUUGAACCGGAAUCAGAUGUUGCUGAAGAGUAUGACAGCAAUGCAGCGUCGGAUUCGUCUGAUUCGGAAGCAGGAUCUGAUGCAAGUGGGGAGAAGGAGAAGGAGAAGAAGAAAAAGAAGAAGGAGAAGGAGAAGAAGCGCGAGAAGAAACCAAGUAGCUCGUCGUCAAAGUCGAAGAAGAAGAAGGAGAGGGAUGAUGGAAAGCCCAAGAGAGCUGCCACGGCUUUCAUGUUGUGGCUCAAUGAGAAUCGUGAGAAGAUCAAGAAGGAUAAUCCGGGAAUAACGGUGACGGAGAUUGCCAAGAAAGGUGGUGAGAUGUGGAAGGAAUUGAAGGAUAAAUCGAUUUGGGAAGAGAAGGCCAACAAGGACAAGGAGAGGUACAAUGAGGCAAUGAAGAGCUACAAAGCCGAAGGGGGAUCCAAGAAGAAGGAGAGCAGCAGCAGCAAUGGAACAAAACGCAAGAAGGAUGCAUCGCCCAAGAAGAGCACCAGCAUGAGUGGAAGUGGCUUCAAGAGUAAGGAGUACAUCUCAGAAGAGGAUUCCACGAGUGAAUCUGAGUCGGAGAAGAAGAAAAAGCCCAAAAAGGACAAGAAGGAGGAGAAGGAGGCAUCGUCGGACAAUGAGAGUUCUGCCGCAGAGGAGAGUGAUUGAAUUCCCACGAAAUUUCUUUAAAAUUCUUAACUUAAGUUUUCUCUUUCAUUGUAUUCUGAAAUCUCAAUAAAAAGGAAAUUUUCUUUGAUAGAAA